AUGAUGAGAACAUUAGCUUCCCUGGCAUUGCUUGCCGUAGGGGCUACAGCCCAGAUUAUUGACAGCUCAAGCUUUGGCACCGGUCAAACGAUAUCACCAAGCCGAGACUCUAUUCCCGGAUGGGCAAUUGGAGGAGAGGGCCAUGAACCGUCCGUUCUAUCAGACAAGCUCAUCUUAACACCGCCGUACCCUGGAAACACACGAGGAUCAGCUUGGGCACAGAGUCCAGUCUCUCAGUCGGAAUGGUCAGCAGAGUUCCAAUUCCGAGCAAGCGGACCAGAACGAGCGGGUGGAAUCCUGCAGUUGUGGUAUACCAAAGACGGCCAGUCCCGUAUUGGUACCUCGAGCAUCUAUACUGUCGGCCAGUUCGACGGUUUUGCUCUGGUAAUCGAUACGCAUGGUGGAAGAGGUGGCAGUGUCCGUGGAUUCCUAAAUGACGGUACCAUCGAUUACAAAAGCCAUAACAGCCCAGACAACUUAGCCUUUGGCCACUGCGACUACUCUUACCGUAACCUAGGCCGUCCAUCAAUCGUUAAGCUCAAGCACACCAGCUCCGUCUUUGAAGUCACCAUCGACGACAAGCUUUGCUUUUCAACCAACAAGGUCACCUUGCCCGCUGGAAACACCUUCGGCAUCACAGCAGCCACUCCCGAAAACCCAGACUCAUUCGAGAUCUUCAAGUUCAUCCUCGCGUCUGCCGCAGGCCAAGGAUCGACAAUUCCCUCCAACCAAGGCAGCACUCAGCAGCCGAUUGUCAACCAAAUUCCUGAUCAGCCCCCUCAACCUAUAAUCAACUCAGGCACCGAAAUGUCAAUGAACGGCUUGGCUGCCCAGAUUGCCGACCUCAGCGGGCGCAUCCAGCUAGCGGGCAAGGCCACCAACCUCAUCCUCCAGGAAAUCAAGAACCAGGCCCAGAAGGCCGAUGAGCGUCAUGCAGAACUUGUCCAGAAGGCCCUGGCCCAGGACCGCCAGCUCGCCCAGUUCGACUCCCGCCUCUCGCGCGUCGAGCAAGUGCUCCAGGUCGUCCAGAGCGACCUGAAGAGCGUCGCUUCGCAGAGCAAGGAUUACAGUGGACGCUUCAACCAGCUCCACGAGACGCUGCGCUCAUCCCACCUCAGCCUGAGCGAGAACCUGCAGGGUCAUCUGCUGAGUGUCAUUACGGCCUCCAGCCCGCGCAUGGGCUUCUUCAUCUUCUUGCUGAUCGCGUUCCAGGUGGUCCUCGUGAUCUCCUACGUCGUCUACAAGCGUCGUCGGGCCAACAUGCCCAAGAAGUUCCUUUAA